AUGAGUUAUUAUGGUUGUGCCAACGUGAACGGAAAUCAUUAUACAGCGAAAGAGCUCUCGAUUUACGUCACAAUGAAAUAUGCAGCUCAUAAAAAAGGAAGUAUGGCAAAUAAGGAGACAGCACGUGAACAACUGGAGUUGCAACAUUUUCUUAAUAUUUCUAGACUGAUAUCAGUAGAAAGCAAAUUUAACUUGCCGGAAGAAUGGAAUGCAUGCGACUGCUAUAGCACAAUGACGAUUUUAAUACGUAAAUCAUUUGGCCUAUGAUUUGGCAGGACAAAAUCUUU